AUGGAAAUCAAUCGACACAUGAACUGCGUACUGAGAGUGGAUACCCGAUCUCGUGGGUGGGAGAAUUCUAUCACAAAACUGCUUAAGCGUGUCAAAGAUGUAUCUUUCACCAUUGAUACGGAAAGUGGGAUUAUUCGCAUUUCUGGGAAAAUAGAUCCGAACAAGCUAUUAACUGACAUAAAAAGGGCUGGGAAACAUGCAGAACUCAUAUAUGCUGAAUGUGGUGAACACUCUCGCUACAACUAUGGAUCCGGGUAUGGUUAUAAUGGCGGAUAUGAAAAAAUGGAGCCCCAAUAUUCCUACCCGUAUUAUGAGUCCCAACCCCAUUAUGGGUUCAAUGCAAAGCCAAGUCAUGUUCAUUUACUGCCACCACCAAGUGAACCAGCUGCACUGUGCUAUGAACCAUACAAUGGAGGAUAUGAACCCAACCGGUUCAAUGGUCGUCUUGCACUAACAGCAGGGCCACGUCAUGUUCCGUUACUCCCACCGCCAAGUGCACCCCCACAGAACAAGUAUAACCCAAAUGAUCCUUCUUGCAACAUCAUGUGA